CAGUUGCACUCUUAUUCUUUAUAUAAAUGCUAUGGGAUGUUGCCCACGUUAUCUAAAACAGGUGUCUCCUUGUCCUCUUGUCUGAAGGGAAGAACAAAGGAAUAGUUGGAGCUCACCUAAAGCUUUUAUUGUGACCUCAUAGUUCUUUCUAUUUACAGCUUCUUCCUUCUCCGCUGCCCACACAGAAGAAAAAUGGGUGAUUCAAGAUUUGGCCCCCAAUGGCAUUGUCUUCUACUUGUAGUCUGCUUAUUGCUCAGAGCAGAAGGAGAUAGCAUUCCUAUUACUAUUGUUGAAACUGCAAAAGCUAGAGGAGCGGUUUGCUUGGAUGGAAGUCCACCAGCUUACCACAUUGAUAAGGGAUACGGUUCUGGGAUUAACAACUGGAUAGUUCACAUGGAGGGAGGAGGAUGGUGUGAUGAUGUAAAGAGCUGCCUGGAAAGAAAGAACACAUACAAGGGUUCAUCAUUGAAAAUGGAGAAGACAAUGGGUUUCUCUGGUAUACUAGGGAAAAAGCAAGCAGCUAAUCCUGAUUUUUACAACUGGAAUAGAAUCAAGAUUAAGUACUGUGAUGGGUCAUCAUUUACUGGUGAUGUAGAAGGAGUUGAUCCGAAAACUAAACUGUACUUCAGAGGAGAAAGGAUUUGGCGGGCUGUUAUUGAUGAUCUGUUGGCGAAAGGGAUGAAAAAUGCUCAAAAUGCUAUUCUUUCCGGCUGCUCAGCUGGUGGAUUGGCUGCUAUUUUGCAUUGUGACAAAUUCAAAUCUCUCCUACCUACAACUGCUAAAGUAAAAUGUGUUUCAGAUGCUGGUUAUUUUAUUCAUGGACAGGAUGUUGCUGGUGGGUAUGAAAUCCAAAAAUUCUUCGGUCGAAUAGUUGGAUUACAUGGAUCAGUAAAGAGUCUUCCUCCAUCUUGCACAUCAAGAAUGAAACCAGAAUUGUGCUUCUUCCCACAAUAUGUAACUCGGACUAUGCAAACUCCACUUUUUGUUAUUAAUUCAGCCUAUGAUUUCUGGCAGUUAAAGAAUGUUCUGGCACCCAGUGCUGUUGAUUCAAAAGGAACCUGGAAGAGCUGCAAACUUGACUUAAAGAAGUGCUCAGCUGCUCAACUCAAAACUGUGCACAAUUUCAGGUUGCAAUUCUUAAAUGCUUUGAGCAUUGGAGCUGGCAGCAAACCAUCAAAUGGAUUGUUCAUAAACUCUUGCUAUGCACACUGCCAAUCUGGAUCAGCUGCCACUUGGUUAGCCGAUAAGUCUCCAGUGUUGGGAAAUACGAAAAUUGGGAAGGCAGUUGGAGACUGGUUUUACGAUAGAGCCAAGUUCCAGAAGAUCGAUUGCCCUUACCCUUGCAACCCAACUUGUGUCAAAGUUGAUUCUGAUUCAUAAGAGCAAUCAACAAGUCUAAAUUCAUAACAAAGUACACCCACUUCAUGAGCUACGAUGAUCAGCUUAAGUAAGAGGGUGUUUAAAUUAUGAUCUGUAUACACAGUUUGUAGUAAAUAAAAAGCACUACUAGGCUGAGUACUAGUGCUCCGUAUCUCUCUUAUUGUUUGUUUAUGUCAUCAUUUGCCACUAUCAUUGACAUUGAUUGUAUUGGAAUCUAAAUUUAACAAGAGCAUCCUUUCUAGUAAUAAAACAUGUGGAUUUGGUUUGUCUAUAA